AUGCCUUUACCUGUAUUGGCUAGAAAAAUGCAAAAAUUAGCCUCCCAACAAUUACACCAACUUAAGCAGCUUUUAACAGGCAGAGGAUUUAUAAAAUUUAAACGUUUGUAUAAAAUAAAAGGAGAACUUGGACAGGGAGGGUUUGGGAUUGUUUACAAAGGUGUUAGAUUGUCUGAUAUGUUGCCUGUAGCCGUCAAAUUCAUCGAACGUCGACAUGUCCGUGAAUGGGGUCGUUUGGCAGAACAACGGGUUCCUAUGGAAAUUUGUAUGUUAACACGUUGUAAUCAACUAUCAGGAGUUAUAACCUUAUUAGACUGGUUUUCACUACCAGAAGGCUAUUUAUUAGUAAUGGAAAGGCCAACUCCCUGUAUAGAUUUAUUCGAUUUUAUUCAACAACAAAAAUAUUUGGACGAAUCCUUGGCUAAAUAUUUAUUUUCCCAAAUUGUAAAAACUAUAUUAGAUUGUUCAAAAUUGUUGGUAUUACAUAGAGAUAUUAAAGACGAAAAUAUUUUGUUGGAAUUAAAUACUGGGAGAAUUAAAUUAAUUGAUUUUGGGGCUGCUACUUUGUUAAAGAAAAGUCGUUAUCAAGACUUUCAAAGUACGAGGCUUUAUUGCCCUCCAGAAUGGUUUCUCCAUUCUCUCUAUUUGGGACAAGAAGCAACAGUAUGGUCAUUAGGUGUAUUGCUUUAUAAUAUGUUGAAUGGAAGGCUACCUUUUCUAAAUGAGAGGGAUAUUUGUACUUCACAUUUACUUGGACCUUUACCUUUUUAUGUGCCCGUUUCUAGAGAAGCUCGCGAAUUAUUAACUCAAUGUCUCAAUUUCGACCCAUUUUCACGUCCAACAUUAGAACAAUUAUUAACACAUCCAUGGCUCACCAAAACGGAAAUAGAAUGGAAUAAAUUAAAUGAACAUUAUAGAAAUGGGGAGGAUGAAUAUUUUGAAGACGAAGAAAAUAUAAAACAUUUGAAUGAAUCUGGAUUGGCUAGUGAAGAAUAUUCCUAUAAUAGUAAGGGAAGGGAAGAGGGUAAAUCACACAAAAUGUUUGGUGGUUGUUACAGUAUGGCUCUACAUGUUAAUGCAAUACCCAAAAUAUGGGCUCAAAAUUCAUCCCUAACCAACAACAGACGGAAUGCCUUAACAGCACACUUUGGAUGUCAAAAACACCGAAAAGAAGAUGAAAGUGAAGAAACCCCUCCCUACAGUAUUCUACGCCCAGGACUACGGCAAUUCGAGCUUUCCCCUCACAAACAAGAAGAAACGGAAGCUGGGGGUUCUGUGGACUCUGGUACUUCCUCAGCUCUACAUUCACCGAGAAUUAUGCUAAAUAAUCCUAAAUUUUGA